AUGAAAACAUUAAAAGAUGCUGAUUCAGAGUCAGAUUGUGAUUCUGUUAGAAAGACCAUUAAAAAUGGGACAAAAUUUCAAGCUCUCAAAGGAAUAUUCAUCGAAUAUUUUGAAGAAAGUUCAAUUCAUGGAUUUCGAUAUAUUGGAGAACAAAAGAGACCAGCUUUGGAUAGAAUUUUCUGGUUGCUUGCUGUAAUUGUAUCAAUUUCAACAUGUUGCUAUUUAUUAUGCAAUAUUUGGGAAAAACACACCAAUAAAUCUUUCAUUUUGACUUUCGAUGAAAACUUGACAAACGUUUGGGAAAUACCAUUUCCUUUGAUAACAAUUUGUCCUGCAACUAAAACCCACACAAACAUCUUCAAUUAUACAAAAAUAUUAAAUAAACUUUCCAAUGGAGAAAAUAUAACAAAAGAAGAGGAUUACUACUUUGAGGCAAUAUCACAAACUUGUGCACCAAGUAACGUGACACUUAAUUAUGGAAAAGAUUUAACCAAUGCAUCAGAUCUAAUUCAAGCUCUAUUAAAGACAGCUCCAACAUUAAAAGAAGCUAUUACCUUGUGCCAAUUCUUUGUUGAAGAAUAUGAAAAUGAAGAUGAACUUGAAUGGGAUUUAGAAAAUGGUUAUUACAAGUAUUUAGUUAAAUUUCCAUAUCGUGUUGUAUCAGCUGGAAAUGAAGAAAGUCUAAGCAUAAUUCUGGAAGAUAAAAUCGACGAUGAAGAUAAAAAAUGUAGGCAUUCGCCAUAUCAAGGUUUCAAAUUAAUACUUCAAACACCUGGAGAAGAAUCACAAGUAGCGAAUAAGUUUAUCAAUAUUCCAUUGGAUAAAGAAAUGUCUUUUAUAAUUAAACCUAAAAUUAUGACCACUUCGGAGGAAUUGAGGAAUUAUUCACCAGAAAAGCGUCAAUGUUAUUUUCAGAAUGAAAUGUAUUUGAGAUAUUUUAAAGUCUACACACAGGCUAAUUGUGAAAUGGAAUGUAUGGCGAAUGAAACUUUAAUGAAUUGUGGAUGUGUCAAGUUUUCAAUGCCAAGAAAUUCAUCUCAUCCAGUUUGUGGUGUUACAAAUUAUUUAAACUGCUUAAAUCCCAUCGAACGCAGUCGUAAGUCCCUGCAAAUUGUAAUAAAAAUGAAUCCAUUGGCUGCUAUCAGUAAACGGAAAUCUUGCUUUAAUAGCUGUUUGCCAGAAUGUAUUAGCAUUAAAUAUAAAGCACAGCUUGAACAUCAAGUUUCUUAUGAGCAUGGUUUGAGUGAUAAACGAUCUACUAAAAUAACAUUUAAAUUUGAUGAAGAUGUCUUUAAUGCUUUAAAACUUUCUGAAUUAUACACUUGGACAGAUUUCAUUGCAAAUUGUGGAGGAAUAUUGGGAUUUUUUAUUGGUAUUUCGAUUUUGAGUUUGAUGGAAAUUGUUUACUUUUUUACUUUGAGGUUAUGGACGAAUUUGAUGGCAAGGGGAAGAAUACAACAGGAAUGA